AGAGGUUAAGAAGACUGUCCACCAAGUACAGAACUGAAAAAAUUUACCCUACAAUCACUGGAGAAAAGGAAGAGAAUGUUAAAAAGAACAGAUAUAAAGAUAUUCUGCCGUUUGACCACAGCAGAGUUAAACUUGCACUGAAAAUUCCUUCCUAUGAAUCAGAUUACAUCAAUGCAAAUUUUAUCAAGGGCGUUUACGGGCCUAAAGCAUAUAUAGCAACCCAGGGGCCACUAGCCAAUACUGUAGUAGAUUUCUGGAGAAUGAACUGGGAGUACAAUGUUGGAAUAAUUGUCAUGGCCUGUCGUGAAUUUGAAAUGGGACGGAAAAAAUGUGAGCGAUAUUACCCCAACUUAGGAGAGCAACCUUUAAGUUUUGGACCAUUUCGUAUUUCAUGUGAAGAUGAAAAAUCCAGAAAAGAUUACUUUGUAAGGACGCUUCUAGUGGAGUUCCAGAAUGAGACACGAAGAAUUAAGCAGUUUCAUUAUGUGAACUGGCCAGAUCAUGAUGUUCCGACUUCUUUUGAUUCUAUCUUGGAUAUGAUUAGUCUAAUGAGAGAUUAUCAGGCUCAUGAAGAUGUACCCAUAUGUAUACAUUGCAGUGCGGGCUGUGGAAGGACAGGGGCUAUCUGUGCAAUAGAUUAUACAUGGAAUUUGCUUAAAGCUCGGAGAAUACCUGAAGAGUUCAAUGUGUUUAGCCUAAUUCAAGAAAUGAGGACACAGCGACAUUCAGCAGUCCAAACCAAGGAGCAGUAUGAACUUGUGCAUCGUGCUAUAGCCCAGCUAUUUGAAAAGCAGCUCCAAAUGUAUGAGACUGAGUCUAGGAAGAUAGUGGAUGGAUUGGAUGAAAAUACAGAGAGCCAAACUGCUUGCACAGAGAGUGAGAAAAUGGAUUCUCCCCCACCAAAGCCACCGCGGAUACGGAGCUGCCUGGUUGAAGGGGAUGUCAAAGAAGAAAUUCUGCAGCCACCAGAGCCUCAUCCUGUUCCUCCAAUUCUGACUCCCUCACCUCCAUCAGCAUAUCCUACUGUGACAACAGUGUGGCAGGACUUUGAUCGCUAUCAUCCAAAACCAGUUGUGCAUAUGGCAUCCUCAGAGAAUAGGACAGACAUGAAUGAGAACUAUAGCAAAUCUGGAGUUGUCUCUGGAAAGAAUGAGCCCAUUGUUGAGAAGAAGUUAGAGCGAAAACUAAGUAUUGAAAUAAAAAAAGUACCUCUCCAAGAAAGUCCAAAAAGUUUUGAAGCUAGCGCAGGCUUGCAUAGAGGACUUGGCAUUAAAAUGAAAUCUGCUUCAUCCUAUGCAGUUGACCAGCUAGCUAAACCUCCAAUGUCAACUUCUCUAGAGUCUCUCUCUGGUAUGACUUUAAACCCAUGCAUAGACUGUAGGAGUUUGAAAUCCGCUAAAACUUUAGAAGAUGCACCUCAUCAGAGAAGUUGCAACCCUCCAUCAAGACCAGACCAUCUCCCUCUAGAGAGAGAACUUUCUGUUUCCACCAAUUCGAGCAAUGAGCAAACGAAGUGUAAAAAUGUGUCUUCCUCUGCUGAUAAACAUUUAGAUACGUAUUCCUUUGAUAGUAAAACUGUAUUAAAUAGCAGUGUUCUUACAUCACAGAUAAGUCUAAGCGAUCCCAGCAAUGUACCAACACUUCAAGCACCGUUAUCCUUUACCAAUCCUCUUCACUCUGAUGAUUCUGAUAUAGAGGAAAAUAACGCUUAUGGAUCCAUGACAAAAAGCUUGUCUAAUAUAUCAACCGCAAGUGCCAUUGUUUCUGCAGUCUCUGCAACAGAAAGUUCCACUAGAAAAGUAUUGCCGAUGUCUAUUGCCAGGCACGAUACACCUGGGAUAAAGAACUUAGGUGCUGAAAAAGAUCAAGCAAGAGACCAACUAGCUGAUGCCAUUCCAGAUACUGCACUGCAAAAUUCCAUUGACUUGAAAGACCAGCUGAAAACACCACAAGAGAGUUCAGGCAUUGCAGGUUUCAGCAACAGUGACGAGACUAGAAGAUCAGGGGAUUCGGCUGCAGACUGCACGCAAUGACUCAGAAAAUGUCCGUUCUUAUUCUGUGAACCCAAGCAAGAUGUUUUGCCUUUUUAAAUGGACAGAAUCCUCUGGAUUACUCAGCAGCCUGUCUGCUUGUGGAACAGCCUGAGCUGUAAGACAAUAUCAUACAAAAGUGCCACUGAGAAAAAGUAUUCCAUGACCAUUCAGCAUGUAGGUCUGCCUACACAAUGGUACACUCUACAAUUCCAUAGAAAAACAUUUCCUAUUCACAAUGGUUUAUUCCAGUAUCAGUGCUAAACAUUUCUUUGCUGGGACCAUAUACCUGCCUUAUAUAACACUUUGGUUUAAAACAGAAAGUAUUACCUAUGAUUUUGUAACUUAAUGUAUUAUUGCCUUAAUGUCUUUUAACCCUGUUACACCGCUGCUUGUAGAUCUGUUAAUAUAGUGAAACUUUUAUGAUAGUUUACAGACUACUUUUUUGCUAACUUUUGAUUACAAUGUAUGCAUUUAUUUUCUAUUUGUACAGGGCUAGCAGGUAUAUAUGACUGAAUUGUAGAGAAAAUAUUAACAGAAGAUGUAAGAAAUUCUGGGCAUGAUCUUAAUCUUUUUUUCCUUAUACAGAAUGUAAAUUAUUGGCCCUGUUGUUUUUAGGCUUAUUUUUUUUUUUUUUUUAAUCAUCAUAGCUGGAUGACAUAAGCCUGCAUUACAGGUUAACCGAUACGAUUGUAAUACAGUUUGUAAAUUGUAAGCUAAAGGAUAUUUUUAUAAUAUACUGUUUCAUUGUCAAACCCCAUUAUGUGUUUUUACUUUGUGCCUUUAAA